AGAUUUUUGAUUUCCAGCCAGCCCAUAUUCAGUUCCCCUCUUCACACUUAGUGGCCCGCUCGAAUUCUACUACCCCCCUCUCUUUCUCUACAGUUUUCAGAUUUUUUUUUUCUGCGCCGUUUGGGAAUUUAUUCUUCCUUUCUUUUUUUCCUUUUUAUCUCCUAUUCUCUGAUUGGUUUUGUAUAAGAGGAAGAGCUUCAAAUGGCGGAGCAGCAAACUGGGGUUGCUACUGAAUUGCCCGUGAAAAGGGCCCGUGAAGACGAAGAGGUUCAAAACGGUGGUGGUGUUGUCGCUGAUAUGGCCGCCCAGCCUAGCUGUAUUUCUUCUGUCAUUCCGGGAUGGUUUUCCGAGAUUAGCCCAAUGUGGCCUGGAGAGGCACACUCCUUAAAGGUAGAAAAGAUUUUAUUUCAGGGAAAAUCUGAUUACCAGGACGUCAUGGUCUUUCAGUCAUCUACUUAUGGGAAAGUGCUUGUUCUGGAUGGAGUGAUUCAGUUGACAGAAAGGGAUGAAUGUGCUUAUCAAGAAAUGAUUACUCAUCUCCCACUCUGCUCCAUUCCCAACCCCAAGAAGGUUUUGGUUAUUGGAGGAGGAGAUGGUGGUGUCCUUCGUGAAGUAGCCCGUCAUUCUUCUGUUGAGCACAUAGAUAUCUGCGAGAUUGACAAGAUGGUGGUUGAUGUGUCUAAAGAAUUUUUUCCUGAUGUUGCUGUUGGGUACCAGGAUCCCCGUGUUGUACUUCAUAUUGGUGACGGAGUUGCUUUUUUGAAGGCUGUUCCUGAAGGAACAUAUGAUGCAGUAAUAGUGGAUUCUUCAGAUCCAAUUGGCCCAGCGCAAGAGUUGUUUGAAAAGCCUUUCUUUGAGUCAGUUGCAAGGGCUCUUCGUCCUGGGGGAGUUGUCUGCACACAAGCUGAAAGCAUAUGGCUUCACAUGCACAUCAUUGAAGACAUUGUUGCCAACUGCAGGCAGAUUUUCAAGGGAUCUGUUAAUUACGCAUGGACAACGGUUCCUACUUACCCAAGUGGAGUGAUUGGUUUCAUGCUUUGUUCGACUGAGGGACCACCAGUGGAUUUUAAGCACCCAGUUAACCCAAUUGAUGCAGAUGAGAGCCAGUCUAAAUCUAAUAGGCCCUUGAAGUUCUACAAUGCUGAGAUCCAUUCUGCAGCUUUCUGUUUGCCAUCGUUUGCAAAGAAAGUAAUCGACUCAAAAGCAAACUAAGCAACAAUUUUCCUGGUUCUCACAAUGUGCCAUCUGGAUAAUUUGUUUCGUGUGAGUUAUUCUGCCCUAUUUAGGAUGUGUUUUGAGGCGAAGAAUUUGACAGAUGAAGCAGAUUUUGACUACUAUUGUCAGUUUCAACGGUCUGUAGAAUUUCAGUUACCCAGCAACUGUUUUAAGUCGACUUUAGACAGAUCGUGUUAGUCAAGGCAAGGGAAUAUAACUCUUGCCUAAAUUAUUUUGCGGUACUAUUUCUUUGUCGACCCAAGUUACAUAUGUAAUCUGCGCAUAUUACUGAGGAAGUUACGUUCUCUAAAAAUAAAUUCUUAGUGAAUUCACAUGACUGAAUCCGGUUAGAUGCAGGGACCAUAAAUUUAGAUGUUGCCAUUUUUAGCCCAGGGCAGAGCUGUUGGCCGAUAACAAAUUUAACCUUAUUACAGUACCUCUUUAUGUUAACAACUUGAACCUAAAACCUCAGAAGACCUCUUUAUGUUAACAACUUGAACCUAAAACCUCAGAAG